GGGCGGGCGCGGCGGGGCCAGCUGCUCCCUGGGCUCGGGCGCCGCCGCCGGCUCCUCGGGAAGCGCCCGCGCCGCGGAGUCGGAGGCGGCCACGAUGGAGGCGCAGGCUCGAGGUUUGUUGGAGACUGAACCAUUGCAAGGACGAGAUGAAGACACGGUAGCCAGUGCUGACUUCCCUAGCAUGCUGUCCGAGGAGGAAAGAGAAGAGUUAAAGGCAGAAUUAGUUCAGCUAGAAGACGAAAUUACAACAUUACGGCAAGUUUUAUCAGCGAAAGAAAGGCAUCUGGUGGAGAUAAAACAAAAACUCGGCAUGAACCUGAUGAAUGAAUUAAAACAGAACUUCAGCAAAAGCUGGCAUGACAUGCAGACCACUACCGCCUACAAGAAGACACAUGAAACCCUGAGUCACGCUGGGCAGAAGGCGACUGCAGCUUUCAGCAACGUUGGGACGGCCAUCAGCAAGAAGUUUGGAGACAUGAGGUGCACCGCGGCCCUGCUAACUCUGCUCCUGCUCUCUCCUGUGCUGCGCUGCGCCGGCUGCAGGUCUCACUCCAUUGGCUACUCCAUUCGCCAUUCCAUAAGUAUGCCUGCUAUGAGGAAUUCUCCUACUUUCAAAUCAUUUGAGGAGAGGGUUGAGACAACUGUCACAAGCCUUAAGACGAAAGUAGGCGGCGCGACCCCCGGCGGAGGCAGCUUCGAAGAGGUGCUCAGCUCCACCGCACAGGCCAGCGCGCAGAGCUCGGGGGGCGGGCCGCGGCGGGCCGAGGAGGAGGAGCUGCAGUGCUAGGACCGCCCCCUGCGGCCCAGCCCCGCCCCCUGCGGUCCUGGCCACGCCCCCGCCUCCUGCG